AUGCCGGAAUUUGCCUAUGGAUCGGGUCCACCCCAGCCAGWACCACCCAUGAAACUAGAGGUACUAGCUGAAGGAGUAACUCUCGUCCGACCAUUAUCGAGAAAAGGCUCAGGACCUGGUCUGAUCCUCCUGACUUCCAAUGCGGAAUUUAACAUUGAGAUCCAGAAUGGCAUUCCUUCGCUAAGAAUGAAAUGGGCCGAAGAGGGCUAUGUUGUUGUUGAGAUCAAGCACAAUGCUUCUCCCUCUGCACUUGAACUUGCACUGCAAAAACUGAAUGAGUGUAAAGAGUGUGAACCAAAGAACAAGGUCGGCUUGGUUUGCUACGAUGCAGAAAUGUGGUCCCGAGCCGCCUCCGCUGUGGAAAGACUCAAAGAUCGAAUCGUCGUCGCAGCAAUCUACGCGGAAGCUUCUCAGCAUACAUCCAUUUCCUCACACGCAUCGAUCCCUACAAUCUACCACCUGACAGGCAAACCAGAGACCAAAAUCCAGCAGACAGCCGAUAGUAAAGUCUACGAGUAUGCUUCUUCGAAAAAUGCCCAUUUCCCAAUCCCAUUCCAUAAGGAUYUCCACUAUGCGACUGAAGCAGUCUCACAUAGCCGAAACCUCGCAUUCUUGAAGAAGUAUAUGGACGGUCCUACAUUCGACUUGGAGCUACUGUGGGAAGAACACACUUACUAUGAAUUCGGAGAUCGAUCUGUUGAGAACACUAUGGCGACAAUGGUCGAGGAGCCCUAUGUCAAUCAUGUCCCCACUCUUACAGGAGGUAUCGGACGGAAAUCCCUGACGGAUUUCUACACCAAUCACUUCAUCUUUAGUAAUCCCCUAGACACGGAGCUGGAACUCAUCAGUCGGACGGUAGGGAUUGAUAGAGUUGUGGAUGAAUUCAUCUAUAAAUUCACGCAUGAUAUGAUGGUCGAUUGGCUAUUUCCUGGAGUACCACCUACAUAUCAAUACGUAGAAAUCCCAAUGAUGGCCGUGGUGAAUAUCCGAGGCGAUAGAUUAUAUCACGAACACAUUACUUGGGAUCAAGGCACUGCGUUACGUCAAAUUGGAAUUUUGCCCGAAAUCCUACCGCUUGCUGUUGUUGUUGUUGCACAUGAUGAUGAUGAGGCGGAAAUGAAUGGGAAUGGAGGGGCGGAAGGGUUGAACAAGAGGUUUGAGGUUGUGAUUCCUGUCGCGGGUAAGGAUACGGUUGCGAAGAUGAGGGAUAAGAAUUCUGUUGAGUCGAAUCGGAUGCUUGGGUUUCAGGCUAAGGAGGUUUGA